AUGGAGAUAUUAAAACAUCGCAUCCAUUCGAAUUGUUUACCACCAGCAUUCAAUCUUCUUGAUUAUUUACUUAAUAAAAUUGAUAAAAUACUUAGCCGAUCGAAAGAAUCUUCUACUAACAAUGAUGAUAAGCAAAAAACAAUAUUAUAUGCUUGUCGUUUAAAAAAAAUUGACCGAUUUAAAUAUGGUAUGCUUGAAUUAAGUAUAGCAGCUGGUGAAGAAAUAGUACGCUAUUGAAAUAAAAUAGCGAAAAAUGGAAAAAACAAAUUGGUAGCUAUUACCGAUAAUUAAAGAUAAACAAUUCAGAUUCAGAUAUAUUCAAACAAGUAAUGGUAGCUAUUGAAGCACGUGAAAAACAUAUGAUCGAACGAUCUGAUUAUAUUACAUAACAAAAAUUGAAAUCUUUUUUCAACGAAGCUCCGGCAUCACAGGACUAUACAACGAACAACGAUGGCGUCGGAGCAAAUCAAAAUUAAUUAUUCGAAACCAUACGGAUAUGUUUCUUUGUUUAUAUUUUGCCAAUACUAUUAUAACAUUAUCGAAUGAACAAUUGCUUAUUCCCAUGUAAACACUAAACGCAGAAAUUGUGCGUUUAAACGCGUUUUUCUUGUGAAACUCGUCUGAACGCAGUAAAAAGAUAAUAAAAACCGCGUCUGCACGCGAUUUUGCACAGACCGCAUCUAAACACGACUGGACUAAGACUUCAAGCGCAUCUUAACGUGUUUUGAUUUGGAAUCGCGUCUCUAGUGAAACAUUUCUUGCGGCUAGACGCGGUUUUACUUGCAACCGCACCCCGACGCAUUCCAUUGCUUCGACCAAUAUAUAAACAAAACGCGAUUGUGAAACUCGUUUAUAGAAAAAAAUAUAUAAAAGAUUCGUUUUCUAUUCAUUAGAAAAUAUAUAUCACAGUUUUUUUUAUAAAAUUAAUUUAGUUUGAAGUAUAUAGAGUUCUCAAAAAGUUUAGAGUUCUUUUUCUCAAGAAAGACAGAAUAUAUAUAUAUUUUAAUCCUAAAACAUUGGUACUCUAAAAUUGAAAAUAAUGAAAUUUAAGAAAUAAUAUAACCGAAUUUUUUUUCCAAAACGAAUAGUUUCCAUAAUCAGAUAUUUUUAAAAUUAUGUAGUUGGACUUAUCUAAUGCAAACUCUUUUUUUGGAUAAAUAGGUAUAUUUUUAUACACAGCACCUCAUUGACGCAUGUAUCUAUGAAUAAGUUUAUAAUAGACGAUGCAUAUAUGGAUUCUGUUUCGUUCUACAACUAAUGUGAUCCCAUGUGGCUCAAUGGUAUAUACACUUGCUUUCUAAUCGCUAGUUUACUUGUUCUAACCGCAUUUCUAUCAUUUUAGAAACAUUAAAAUUUAAACUUUCCGUUGGCCUGUAGUUAGGUAAAGAUCAUCGCUAGGCAAUAUUGAUGGCAAAGCAGAUCAAACCUAAGACGGAUUGUAAUACAUUUUUUAAAUUUGACAUAUCGAUUCGAACGCGUUUUGAUUCAAAAAAUAUUUACAUGGGUCAUUAAUAAAGGUUUGAAAUUUAUUCCACCCUGUCAAAGGCAUUUCUUUUAUCGACAACCUAUGGAAAAAAUUACUGAACGAGCAUACAAUCGCCUCUAUAAUGAAAAUGUUAAAAAUCUUACCGAUUACAUGUUUUCAACGCGUGAUACACGUGCUAUUGAAUAUUUUGCUGUAAUAAAAAAUUUACUUCAACAGCUAUAUACGAAACCAAUACCAAAAACACUUGAAAGGCAUGCUCGAUAUAUGUACAAGAUGAUAAAAUCAAUGCGACGACAAUUAUGCAAAGCUAAUAUUGCUGUCUGACAAACUGAUAAAAGCAAAUUAUUUUUCUUUAUUGAUCCACAUGAAUAUGAAGAAAAAAUUAAAAGUUAUAUGACAAAAACAAACGCAUAUCAAGAAAUCACCAAUGGCAUUUAUCCAUUAGCAGAUGAUUUACAUUCUGUGUUAACUUUACUUGAUGAUCUAUUAAAGCGUAAAAAAUAACGAAAGAUCAAUAUAAACCAAUAUAUCCAAAUCUAAAUACAUUAGAAUUUGCUCAUAUUUAUUUCAAUCUUAAAGUACAUAAGGUAAAACCGUUAGUUUGUUAUCUAAAUAUUUUUUCUAUCAUACGUUUCUUAUGGCCAGA